GGGGGGGGGGCUGUUGGGUGAGUUAGAAUAGAAAAGGCAAAAAUGGAGAAGAUAUUGAGACUCUUCAUUGGCUCAAUUCCCAUCUUUUUUCCUUCUAUAUCUCUAUCAAAAUUCUCUAUCAACCCUUUUACUCCCUCUUUAUCAAAUUGCUCUAACCCUAUUAUCUCUGCCUUUCCUUUAUUUCACUCUUUUUGCUUUUCCCCAUUUUACAGUAUCUACGACAAAAUAUGGAAUAUAGACUUAAUAUUACUGAAAUAACUCCGGAAACAAGAGAGUGGACAUGCAAAGUACAGCUAAUUGAAAAAGCUAGAGCAAGACAAAGUAAAGAUGGGCGAAUACGAUUUCAAGUCAUGAUUGCGCAAGAUGAGACGAUAAUCAAGAACUGAUAAUUAUCAAAUAUGUGUUGAAGGGAGUACUUUGGAAGAUGAAGUUUGUUCGGAAGAAUAAGUUGCAGUUGUUUUGUAUGGAGAUGACAUAAGAAAAUAUGAAAAGAAGUUCACUCCCUUCAACACAAGUUAGACCACCUCUGCCCUAUGGAAUUCCUAUCAAUAGGUUUGAAUGGGUUCUAGAUAGAUUUACUGUUAUUGAACAAGUAAAGGGAGACAAUGUAGAGGAUCCACCAUUGUCUUCUCCAACAAGAUUAAACACAGUAUCUUUAUCGAACCUGGACCAAGAGCCACGUCACAUGGAAUUCGACAUACUUGCUGUUGUCGUGAGUUGUGGUGCAAUAAAGAUUGCUGGUGUCCAUGGAAACAAAUGUCGACAAAUCAUUGUCAUGGAUACAAAUAUGCAUCAUUGUAUUUUUACCUUAUGGGAGGAUUUUGUUGAGAUUGAUGGAAGCGACCUAGCUGCACAAAUUGAAGAACAUCCAAUAAUCCUAGCAAAACGAAUUGCACGGUCUUCAUAUGCUGGAACAUCCUUGACAACAAGAUACAAUUCUGUAAUAUUGAUAAAUCCAUCCUAUCCACAGGCUGCAGAAUUGAUGAACUGGGCAAAAGAGAAUGAAGAAAUGUUGAGCACAUAUACGCAAAGAAGUUCUCCAGAAAUAGCUUCAUCGCCAAUUCUUAUAUCACUAAAUGAUGAGGCGAUACCUAUAGGAAAUAUCCAAGCACAACCGGCGAUGCAAUCUUUUCAUGUUGAAGGUAAAAUAUCGUUGUUGGAUGAUGAGCAGUUGUUUUACGAGUUGAUGUGUUCAAAAUGCAAGAACUUUGUUAGGACCAAAAUAAUGAAGGCUAUUGACUGUGUAAACUGUGAUCAACAAGCAAUGUUAACACCCAGGUGUCACUUUCAAGUCCAAAUUACAGAUGGAAGUGGAUCGACAAUUGCAACAUUAGUAGGUGAACCUGGAGAGAAUCUUCUUUCAAUGAAAGCUGAACAAAUCUAUGAAGCAAUUAACGUCAAGGAUACUCUCCAAUUGCCAGCAGUAUCAACUUCUACAAAUAUUGGAGAAAGCAGUAAGAGAGAACUCGACAAGGUAGCAACAGAAAAAGAACAAAAAAAGAUAAUCAUUGGAAGUACCUCAUCUAGCAAAAGACAACAGACUGAGCGAACAACUCCAACCAAAAAAACUGCAUCUUCUAACAAAAGGAAGGGUAUCGAACCAGUCACUCCAACUAAGAAGAAGUAAAGUUCAUUAUGACUGUGGCGAGAUUGUACAAAGGUCUUUUGGUGGUUUGUACAUACCAAACUUUUGAUGGCCUAGACGGUCAUGAAUCAGCAGUUGAAAUAUACGGGACUAUCCAUGCUUAUAGCUUUUACUCUUGCCCACUAUGAAAAUGCUUAGGAGUCGUGUAACUAUAUUCUAAACUGCUUGUUCAGAGAUUGUACAAAGGUCUUUUGGUGGUUUGUACAUACCAAACCUUUGAUGGCCUAGACGGUCAUGAAUCAGCAGUUGAAAUAUACGGGACUAUCCAUGCUUAUAGCUUUUACUCUUGCCCACUAUGAAAAUGCUUAGGAGUCGUGUAACUAUAUUCUAAACUGCUUGUUCAGAGAUUGUACAAAGGUCUUUUGGUGGUUUGUACAUACCAAACUUUUGAUGGCCUAGACGGUCAUGAAUCAGCAGUUGAAAUAUACGGGACUAUCCAUGCUUAUAGCUUUUACUCUUGCCCACUAUGAAAAUGCUUAGGAGUCGUGUAACUAUAUUCUAAACUGCUUGUUCAAAAAUGCAAUGUAAAUAUAAUCUACAUUUUGGUUUGAAUCAGAUUGUGAUUAGAUAGCUUCGCUACUUUAACCUCUUCUUAUAAUUCUUCCUCCGGUGACAUAAGUGAUAUACUUUGGAUA